UGGAAUUAAAACCCAGGGUCAUGGAGAAUUACCAAGGUUUAGCAGAAGCUGAGAGGUUGAGCGGAGAGCAGACUGCCCGCUAUAUGAGAUAUGUGAAAGAGGCCAAAGAAGCAACAAAGAAUGGAGAUCUGGAGGAAGCACUUAAACUUUUCAAUUUGGCAAAGGACAUUUUUCCCAAUAAAAAGCUGAUGAGCAGAAUCCAAAAACUACAGAAAGCCUUGGAGGAGUUGGAAGAACAUGAAGAUGAUGAAUUUGCAGAUGUGUGCAACUCUGGCUUGCUGCUUUAUCGAGAACUGUACGACCAGUUAUUUGAGCACCAGAAGGAAGGUGUAGCUUUCCUCUAUAGUCUUUACAGGGAUGGCAGAAAAGGGGGUAUCUUGGCAGAUGAUAUGGGGUUGGGGAAGACUGUUCAGAUCAUUGCUUUCCUCUCCGGUAUGUUUGAUGCUUCACUUGUGAAUCAUGUGCUAUUGAUAAUGCCUGCCAAUCUCAUCAGCAUGUGGGUAAAAGAAUUUGCCAAGUGGACUCCAGGAAUGAGAGCCAAAACCUUUCAUGGCCCUAGCAAGGAUAAACGUACCAGAAGUCUCCACCGGGUUCAGCAAAGGACUGGCGUCCUUAUCACUACAUACCAAACGUUAAUCAACAAUUGGCAGCAGCUUUCAAGCUGUAAUGGCCAAGCAUUUGUGUGGGACUAUGUCAUUCUUGAUGAAGCACAUAAAAUAAAGAGCUCCUCCACUAAGUCAGCAAUAUGUGCUCGUGCUAUCCCUGCAAGUCAUCGCCUCCUCCUCACAGGGACCCCGAUCCAGAAUAAUUUACAAGAACUAUGGUCCCUAUUUGAUUUUGCUUGCCAAGGUUCCCUGCUAGGAACAUUAAAAACUUUUAAAGUGGAGUAUGAAAUUCCUAUUAUUAGAGCGAGAGAGAAGGAUGCUACUCCAGGGGAAAAAGCCUUGGGAUUUAAGAUAUCCGAAAACUUGAUGGAAAUCCUAAAACCCUAUUUUCUCAGGAGGACUAAAGAGGAAGUACAGAAGAAAAGGUUGAACAUACCAGAGGUCAGACCUGCUGAAAAGAAUUCAGGUGUUGAUGCCAUAUAUGAAAUGCCUUCUUUUUCCCGGAAAAACGAUUUAAUCAUUUGGAUACGUCUUGUACCUUUACAAGAGGAAAUAUACAGGAAGUUUGUGUCUUUAGAUCGCAUCAAGAAAUUGUUAAUGGAGACACGCUCACCUUUGGCUGAGCUAGGAGUCUUGAAGAAGCUGUGUGAUCAUCCCAGGCUGCUGUCUGCACAGGCUUAUCAUUUGCUGCAUCUAGGGACUGUCAGAAUCUCUCCUCACGAUGGAAAUGAGGAAGAUCUUUCAGAUGUGGACAGCAUUGCUCAUGUACCUGAUGAUGCACUGAUGGGAGAAUCUGGAAAAAUGAUAUUUUUAAUUGACCUGCUGAAGAGACUGCGAGAUGAAGGACAUCAAACUCUGGUGUUUUCUCAGUCAAGACAAAUUCUAAACAUCGUUGAACGCCUCUUAAAGAAUAAACACUUUAAGAUAUUGCGAAUUGAUGGCACAGUUACUCAUCUUUUAGAACGAGAAAAAAGGAUUAACUUAUUCCAGCAAAAUAAAGAUUACUCUGUUUUUCUGCUCACCACUCAAGUGGGUGGUGCUGGCUUAACAUUAACUGCAGCAACUAGAGUGGUCAUUUUUGACCCUAGCUGGAACCCCGCAACUGAUGCUCAAGCUGUGGAUAGAAUUUACCGAAUCGGACAAAAAGAGAAUGUUGUGGUUUAUAGAUUAAUCACUUGUGGAACUGUGGAGGAAAAAAUAUACAGAAGACAAGUUUUCAAGGACUCAUUAAUCAGACAAACUACUGGUGAUAAAAAGAACCCAUUCCGCUAUUUCAGUAAGCAAGAUUUAAGAGAGCUCUUUAUAGUUGAGGAUCUCCAGAACUCUACAACCCAGUUGCAGCUUCAGUCCCUGCAUGCAGCUCAGAGGAGAUCUGAUAAGAACCUAGAUGAACACAUUACGUACCUACAGUCUCUGGGGAUAGCUGGAAUCUCAGACCAUGACUUGAUAUACACACACGAUCAGUCCAUUAAAGAAGAGCUUGAUGUGAUAGAAGAAUCUCAGUAUAUUCAACAAAGAAUUCAGAAAGCUCAAUCCCUUGUUGAAUUCGAGUCUCAAAAUACAAGGGAAAAACAAAGAACUGGACAUGAGGAAGCCUGGCCAAUAGCACCUCUGUUUCCUUCUCAAACAAAGAAGAAAUGCCCUGAAUUGAAGAAAUCACAGCCUUGGCCUUCACCUUGUAUAACUAUUCAUCCUACCCAGGAAGGAGAUAUCACUUUUCAAAUGGCAAAUGUAAACAUUGAUGAUCGAGAACUCUCCAAGAUAAAGAUGAAUAUGACCAUGUUACAAGGUGGUAUGCACCCAUGUGAAAAUACACUUAAUACUAACUUUGUAGCCCCUUUACUCAAGGAGCUUGGAAGUGUAGAAGAAAUUGGGACUGCCUCAUUACUAGGAAAUUCAAAAAGCUUUGUUGUUGGAAAUGAAGCUCUGCAAAAAAAGGCAUUACAAGAAGAGCCUAAGCAAGAGGCACUGCAAGAGAAUGCCCUGGAAAGUUUUAAUUGUUUAGCUAUCCAAGCAGUUGCACCAACUCUAGAUCUACGGGAUGAUGACAUUUUAUAUCACUGCAAUCCUUGGCCCAGAAAUCCCAUAACAAGUGAAAAUCAAAGCACAAGAUCGAGUGUGUCUGUUAUUGAAAUAUCUGAUGAGUUGUCCACAUCCCAUGAUGCACUACAGCAUGUCCAAGCAAGUGCGGCCGAGUCAGAAGGGGAACCUUUAGCAUCUUCACUACAGUAUGCAUGUGAUUUCAGUCUUUCUCUGGAAGACUCUUCAGACAAUAUUCAAAAUCUGUCCACUCAGUCUUUGGGACAUGUUGAGAAAGAAAACAGUGUGUGUGUCUCUGCAGCUAAUUCUAGUGCAGAGUCUGUGCACAGCAAAGUAUGUCUCCCUUUGGAUUUUCCCAAGGAAGACAGUGAACCAGAGGAAGUGGUAGUUAAUGUUAAAACCAGAAGCAAAGCUAGAAGGAUCACUUCAGGUGAUGAAGAUGAGGAUGAUUCUUUAAAAGGUACUUCAAGCACAAAUCCAUUCAGCAUAUCUCUCUUUCAUUUCUCAUCUGUGAAACAAUUUGUUGCUUCUACUCCCAAAGAUAACAGUGCACCUGGACUGUUCUGUUCACCUAAAAUGCCUGGUAGUGUAAAUACAUCUAUGAACUCUAGGAGAUCUCUGGCUUCUAGAAGUUCUCUGAUUAAAGUGGCUUUAGACCACAUGGAGGAAAGGCUUGACAAUAGCAGUAGAGCACAGCACACUGAGGAUCAUCUGGAGGAUGGAGCCAAAGAAAGCAGUGAUGAAACCUCAGAGGAUACAAAAGAUCCUUCUGAAGAAAGGUUGUCUUUGGAAAAUAAGUCUGGCAGGCUAACAAUGGCUAAGCCACUAGGCUGUAAUCUGCAGGCCCCACUUGGGGCUUCUGUGCCUCUCUCUGCUGAACCAUUGGUUGACUCUUCUCAGGGUAAGGCAGAGGAGGCUGCAAAUGACUAUGAAACUCUUGUAACUCAUGGAAAAGAACUCAAAGAGUGUGGAAAAAUACAAGAAGCCUUAAACUGCUUAGUUAAAGCACUUGACAUAAAAAGUUCCGAUCCUGAAGUCAUGCUCAUGACUUUGAGUUUGUAUAAGCAACUUAGGAACACUUGAAAAUGUUUUAACCUAUGUAUUGUGCGGUUUUUUUGGAGG